AUGACGGUGCCCGCGGAGGUCGCAGAGGCCUUCCACGCCGACUACGUGCCGUUCGGUGCCGACCGGGAUGCGACACUAGCCCAGGAGCGCUACUCCCUGGACCAAAUUAUAUAUCGUUCAAAACGGACGAACGGUCUGCUGGAGGUAGAACACAAUAUGGAGGCUUUGCGGCAAGUGUCAGCAGCAGAGUGGAAGGCGCUCUUUGAUCUGCGCUCGGGGCGAACAGUGUUUCCGUUCGGCUCCGGGGUGUGGUCCAAGAAGGAAUGGGUGCUACCGUCGAUUCCAGACGGCGACGUUGUCAGCAUGUUCGAGGGUAACUCGAACCUGUUCUGGGCGGAGCGUUUUGGGAAGGAAGUGCUUGGCAUGGACGACCUGUGGGUGAAACAGUGUGGGAACUCGCAUACGGGCUCGUUCAAAGACCUGGGCAUGACUGUGCUCGUCUCGCAGGUGAAUCACAUGAUUAAGAGCAACAAAGCGAAAAUCAAAGCUGUGGGCUGUGCCAGCACUGGUGAUACAUCGGCAGCGCUGGCUGCCUACUGUGCAGCCGCCGGUAUUCCCUCCGUGGUGUUUCUGCCGGCGGACAAGAUUACCAUUUCGCAGCUUGUGCAACCGAUCGCGAACGGCUCUAUCGUUCUAUCCAUUGAAACUGAUUUUGAUGGCUGUAUGAAGCUGAUCCAAGAAGUUGUUGAGCAGUACCCUAUCUAUCUCGCAAACUCGAUGAACUCGCUGCGCCUGGAAGGUCAGAAGACCGUAAGCAUCGAGAUCGCGCAACAGUUUGACUGGCAGGUGCCCGACUGGGUCAUCGUGCCUGGGGGAAAUCUAGGUAAUGUGUACGCAUUCUACAAAGGAUUUGCGAUGAUGCGAGACCUGGGACUAACGGAUCGACUUCCACGCCUCGUUGUGGCACAAUCAGCGAACGCGAACCCUCUCUAUCUGGCCUACAAGGCCGGUGGCUAUAAAGGCGACUGGAGCGCAUACGCACCUGUCACCGCGAAGAAGACGGUUGCAAGCGCGAUUCAAAUCGGAGACCCAGUAAGCAUUCAUAGGGCGAUACGUGCAAUCGAUGAAACCAACGGUCUGGUCGAGCAGGCCACUGAAGAGGAACUCCUUGACGCUGCUGCCCAGGCAGAUCGGACUGGCAUGUUCAACUGCCCGCACACGGGAGUUGCGCUUGCGGUGCUGAUGAAGCUGCGCGAGCGGGGUAUCAUCGGUGUGAAAGAUCGCACGGUCGUUGUGAGCACCGCGCAUGGGCUCAAGUUCACGGACAGUAAGGUCGCGUACCAUGAACGAAAAAUACAGAAUAUCGCGAGCCGUUACGCGAAUGACGUUCACAGGGUACCAGCGAGCGCUGGCCACGUGAUCGACCUCCUGCGGGCACGCGGCGUCGUCUGA